AUGAUAAAAUUUGGAACAAGAAGCAUUAAUUAAUUUAUGCAACAAUAAAAAGAUUUAUUUGGUCACUAUAAAUAGCCAAAAAUAAAGGAAGACUCUUAUGUAACAGGUUUGAAAUUAGCUAAUUCUCUAAAGGGAAGUGAAUUAGUACCAUUUAUUCCAAUAAAUGGAAGAUAAGUGAAGUAUAAUAAAUAUUUAAAUGAUAGCUUUUAUUAUUGUGGUCCAACAGUAUAUAGUAAUUCUCAUUUGGGUCAUGCAAGGUAAUGAUAUGGGUAUUAUGAUUAUAGAACAUAUUUGGGUAUUGAUGUAAUAAGAAGAACAUUAAGAGAUUAUUUUAAUUAUGAUCUUUUGAGUGUUAUGAAUAUAACAGAUAUAGAUGAUAAGAUAAUAAAUGGAGCGAAAUAAGCCAAAUAAGAUUUUCUUGAAUUCACAAAAGUAUGGGAAAAGGAUUUCUUUACCGCCAUGGAAGCAUUGAAUAUAGAAUUGCCUGAUGUAAUAACUAGAGUUAGUGAUUAUGUUCCUGAGAUUGUUACAUUUAUAGAGAAAAUAAUAGCAAAUGGCUAUGCAUAUGAUAGCAAUGGAAGUGUUUAUUUUGAUGUUCAAAAAUAUGUGUCUGAUGGAGUAAUUUUAAUAUAUAUAAUAAUAAUAUAGCAUACAUAUCCAAAAAUGAGACCAGAAAUGAAUGUAGAACUAUUAUAAGAAGGUGAAGGAGAAUCAUAAGUGAAUAAAUAAUAAGAGAAAAGAAGUGCAAAUGAUUUUGCAUUAUGGAAAGCGAGUAAACCAGAAGAACCUAAAUGGCCUAGUCCUUGGGGAGAAGGAAGACCUGGAUGGCAUAUUGAAUGUUCAGUUAUGGCUAGUGCUAUUUUAGGAAAUCCUAUUGAUUUACAUGCUGGAGGUAUUGAUUUAAUAUUCCCUCAUCAUGAUAAUUCAUUAGCAUAAGCUGAAGCAUGUUUUAAUUGUGAUCAAUGGAUUAAUUAUUUUAUACAUCUUGGACAUCUUAAUAUUGCUGAUCGUAAAAUGUCUAAAUCUCUUAAGAACUUUCUUACUAUUGAUGAAGUUCUUAAAAGAUAUACUGCUAGAUAAAUUAGAUUAAAUUUUGCUAUUCAUUAAUAUGAUGCAGUCAUGAACUAUUCCGAAGAAUAAGUGGAAUAAGCCAUUUCUAAAGAUAAAGCAUAUUAAGAAUUCUUCUAAAAUACUAAAAUUUAUUUAAGAGAAUCUUCAGUCAUAGGUCCUUAAAAAUGGACUUAGAAUGAUUUCUAAAUUAACUAUUUACUUAGGAAUACUAAAGAAAUCAUUCAUGCUGCUUUAUUAAAGAACUUUGAUUUCCCUACUGUUAUAGAUGCUAUUGAUAAAUUAAUUAAUCAAGUUAAUGUAUAAAUUGCAAAUAAAACAGUUAGACCUCCUUUACUUUAAAGUGUUGUUUAAUACGUGAAUUUCAUUCUAGGAGUAAAAUUAUUUAAUUAUAUUCUUUAGUUGAUGGGACUCAAUUAUUAAAAUUAAAAUAAUACAUCUACAGAUAUAUAAUAAAUUAUGGCUGAAGUAUGUUCAAUUAGAGAUUAAGUUAAAUUAGCUGCUAGAAAAGGAGAUUUUGAUGCCAUAUCUACAAUUGUAUCUUAAAAGUAAUUCCAAUAUGAAAAAAACUUAUCUAAUGGAAUUGUAGAUUGCAUCAAUCAUUUCUAAUAAUAAGUUUUAGUUGCUUCUUAAGGUAAAAAUAAAUAAGAACUAUUUACACUUUGUGAUAAAUUAAGAGAUGAAUAAUUAUUUGAAUUAGGAAUCAAAAUUGAAGAUAAAGAUAAAUAAUAAGUAUUAAUAUAUCUUAUUAUAAGGCAUCUAUAUGGAAAUAAUAUGAUCCAAAAGAAUUAAAAUUAGAAAGAGAAUAAUAAUUAAAAUUAAUUCAAUAAAAAGAAUUAAUCAAGAAAAAAGAAGAAGAGAAAAAAAAAUAAGAAGAACUUGAAAAACUUGAAAAAGCAAAAAUUCAUCCAAAAGAUAUGUUCCUAUCUUAAAUAGAUAAAUACUCAGAAUUUGAUGAAAAAGGCAUUCCAAUCAAAGAUAAAGAUGGAAAUGAAUUAUCCAAAAAAUAAAAAAAAGUAGUCCAAGAUUUAUGGGAAAAACAAAAUAAAAUACACAAUCAAUAUUUAGAAUCAUUAAAGAAAUAAUAAUAAUGA